AUGUCUUCCCUAAACGAUACCGUUGCUGCUGGGUACUAUGAGCCUCUGUUCGGUUUGUCGUGGUACCCUGAUCGACUAGAUAACCUGUGGCUUGCGCAUUUACAUGAGAUAGUAUACGCUUUCAUCUUUUACCAAGUCUGUCAGUAUACUAUCGCACCAAAAAUAAACAGGUACUUUUUUGGCAAACACUACUCUGAUAUAACAGAUAAGAAGCUUAAACUGGACUUUGAUGUGCACACGGUGUCAAUGAUCCAGGCAGUGAUAUCUAUUGCUAUUUUGCUUCCGGUCUUGGCUCUACCAUUUGAUCUAAACAUUGCUACUUAUGUAAAUCCAUGGUGCUCAAUGGUCAGCGCUCUAAGUUGUGGCUAUUUUGUAUGGGAUCUAGCGCUAUGUUUACGUCACUUCUCAAUUUACGGGUUUGAGUUCUUAUUCCAUGCCGUGGGGUCAUUGGUAGUGAUGUUAGCUAUUUUAACACCAUUUUGCCAACCAUGGGUAGGUAAGUACUUGCUAUUUGAAGCUAGUACCCCAUUUGUCAACAUGAACUGGUACACGAUUCAAUUAAACCACAAACAUAAAUCUUCAUCCGGUCCAGUAAUUCCUAAUUGGUUGAAUAUGAUAAAUGGUCUAUUAUUAUUGCUAACAUUCUUUGGUGUCCGUAUAGUUUGGGGCUGGAGCUGUAAUCUAUUAUUACUAAGACAGUUUUGGAGAGCUAGAUAUGAGCUACCAUAUUUGGCUGGUGCAGUGGUUCUUUCACUAAAUAUCACCAUGAGUUUACUCAAUGUUUUAUGGUUCUCUAAGAUGCUUAAGAUUGCCAAGAAAAUGGCAUCUCCAAGUAAAAAGCAAGACUAA